UGGGAGUAACGUCUGCACGAUCUUCUCCUGAACACAGGGUGGCAGUAAUGUCACGUGGUCAAGGUUGUCAACCCGCUUUAAAAAAACGAAGAAGAAGGAGCAAACGAAGAAGAACAACAAACAUGGCGGCGCACAGUACGGUACGGUGCUUGUUUCGAGGCUGUAUUUGGGUGAAACAUGUUCCGAGAAGCACAAACGUAUUGGUCAGAUGUAACAACAGGACUUUAUGCAGCGGCGGUGAAGAAAAUGUCCAAAACAACACACAACCCCAGUUCACAGAUCCAGUUGUGCAGGACAUCCUCAGCAGGAUAACAGGUCUGGACCUGCACAAAGUGUUCCGUCCCGUUAAACAGGAGCUGAAGCCACCUACUUAUAAACUCAUGACAGAUGAGCAAUUACAGCAGGCGGUGAAGUCGGCGGAAGAGAGGGCAAAGAAGCUGCUGCAAAUGCCACCAGUUUUACCAGAGAGAAAGCCAAUCAGCGAUGUGCUGUCUGUGGACAGACUCCUGGAUGGCAUGGACACAGCCAAAUAUGUCUUUACGGACAUAACCUACAACAUUCCACACAGAGAAAGGUUCAUUGUUGUCAGGGAGACCAACGGGACUCUAAGGAAAGCAACCUGGGAUGAAAGAGAUCGCCUCAUUCAGGUGUACUUCCCAAAAGAUGGACGCAAAAUUACCACACCUCUCCUCUUUAAGGAGGAGAACCUAAAGAUGGUAUUCUCUCAGGACCGACACGGGGAAGUGUUGGACCUGUGCCUGGUCCAAUUUGAACCUGACUCAUCACAGUACAUCAAGGUGCAUGCUGCCACCUAUGAGGAUCUGGAUAAACAUGCGAAAUAUGAGCUGCUUCGCUCCACCAGGCACUUUGGAGGCAUGGCCUGGUACCUGGUCAAUGCACGCAGGAUCGAUGGCCUCAUUGUGGACAUGCUGAAAAAGGAGUUGGUGCAGGAUGCAGUGAGCCUUGUAUCGCUCUUCCACCUCGUACACCCUCACAGUGAGUCGGCCCAGGAAGCUUCCAGGCAGCGGGCCACGGGUACCGACCUUCUCAUGAUCUACUCCCAGAACGAGUCCCAGAGGUCAGGCUACAUCGAGCUGGCCCUGCAGGCAUAUCAGACUGUGGGCAAGAGCGCUUCUGCUUGACUAGCCUACUCCCACUCGGCAUUCUGCAAAUCCACAAAGAAAGAUAAUCAAAACCUGAAGGACGGGCAGGCAACGUAGCUUCCAUAGAUCCUGUGCUGUUGCUGAGUUGUGUAAAGGAGAUAUAUUGGAUUGUGUUUGAACUUUGCAUCCUAACCUCGUGGAUAGAAAUGAAUAAAACUGUCUUUUUAAAUGUUAUGGGAUAAGUGUUUUACCUAUCAUUGCAUAAUAUGUCUUUGCAUGUCAAGACAAACCUGCAAUAAGCUGCAAGGAGAUCUUGAAGCCUGCAUAUGCAUCUUGAUAAUUACGUCAGAUGGUUCUGAUGCUCCAUAUUUUUAUUAUUUCAUCACACAACAAACAGUUGAAUGCUUUUGAAC